UAAUUGCUACAUUUGUACUCAGCAUUGCGUUGGUAAUGGCACUUCCAGCAACUGCAAUGGUUUCUAAAAACUACCUAGCGCUAAGUCUUGGAUUCGCCGUUUUUGCUUCUGUGAUAGCAUCAGAUCUAAGGCGUAUCUUACCACUGGAUUUGAAAAUUCGAGAGGGAGAAGAUCUUCAGCUUCGCCUGACAACUGCAUUACCUAACACCGUAUCAUGCUAUGUAAAGACACCAUUAUUAACAAGCUUCAAUCUCGAGAGCGGGGAAUCUGACAGUUCGAACAGAAUAAACUACUGGACGGAGAAUGGGGAAUGUGGCGUUAGAGCCCGAAGUGUGACGAAAGAGGACACAGGAAGAUGGAGACUUACUGCAAAAAAUGCUAGUCAUACGCUUGUAGAUGCAACGUUCAUCGAGGUCUUGGAUAAAGUGAGCGAGUCAGAAAAAAGUUAUGAUAUCGAAAGUGGCUUAGAAUACACUCUGAUGCUUAAAGAAAACACCAAAUAUUGCUCGGUUGACCAACCUCAUUCUGAAGAGACUCUACUCGUAGGUGGGGAGUGUAAAGUUGAACUACAGCAGCCUACAGCUGCUGUUCGGGGUAACUGGACGGCAACAACAGGAGUGGUUGGUCAAUUGCAGGAAAUACCUGCUAAGGUGGAAUUAAAUGUUUACCAAGACCAGCUUGCAGUUGGAUAUGUAAUACACCAUGAUUCCAAUACCAUAAAUGCUUACUGCAACCUUAGGGAUAGUGAGAAGGAAUUGGAAUUUUGUAGAUUUGUACGACCUGAUAGCACACAGACAGGCUAUCAAUUGAGUGAGGGCUUACACAGCGGAAGAUACGGAUACUAUGGAGCAGGACUCAAGAAGGGCGAGUGUGGUAUAACAAUUGAAAUGCCCACGCAAGAGGAUUAUGGACAAUGGCAGUGCUCCGUUGGUGUUAAAGAUGAAGUACCAUUUGGUACCUACGUUCAGAUAACCAGUGGUACUAAUCGUGCUCCAACUAUUAGAGGCGAAGCCUUGCCAACAGAAGCAACAGCUACUUACUUACAUGGCAAAUUACAGCUCAGAUGUGAAGCUAAUGUCCCGAUAAGUUACUGCUGGUUCCGCGGACCAGAUGGCGAAAUUUUCACACCGACCCAAUCACUGCAGCAAGAAGACCUUCCAUACAAGUAUAUUGGUAACGGAUUUGGGAAAGGGCAAUGUGGUAUGGAGAUAAAAACUGCAGAAGUUAAACAUGACGGUCAGUGGACAUGUCACAUGGGUCCCAAUACACCUGGGUUUGAACUGGUAUCUACCAUUGAUGUUAAGGUUGCAGAGACACCUCUGGCAGCAAAGUAUCGCCACAUCAGUACUAAAAAUCAACGAACUUUGACCUUAGAAUGCAGGACUGUUCCUGAAAAAGUUUCCAUCAGUUAUUGUCGAUUCCUUAUGCCUGACGGUACCGGCAUUCAUAUAAGUGAUGAAAUAUCUGAAAAUAACCCAUUGUUACUUGGAAACGCACAUUAUUCAUUUUAUGGCGAUGGAUUGCGAUUAGGUGGCUGUGGAUUGAAAGUCGACAGGAUACUACCUAAGCACUUGGGCACUUGGACUUGUGCUGCUCGUCUAGAAGUCGCGAUAAACAAUAGCGAAGCAUUUGAUAAUAUUGUCGUAGCAAGUACAGAAUCAUCCGCACAAAACGGAGCUGGAGAAGAAAAGCUAACUGCUAGUGCAACUGCCGGUAUAGUAUCUGGAGUAAUAAUCUUGGCAGGAGUUCUCGCAGCAGGAUCUAUGUACACGGUGAAAUGGAUCAAGGCCAGAAAAUUGCAGGACAAUACCAGUAGACUGGAAGUAAUUUCUGUAUCUACAGACGAAUCCAGAAGAAGUUCUAGUUCGACGAAUUCUGGCAUCAGUUUAGUAGACGUGGCACCUCGCAGUGGACGGGCAUAAGUUCUAUCGCAUUGUAAUAUAAAAAUACUAAUACUUUUGUUAAAAAUUGAAAAUGACCAACAUCUG